UCCAGGAAAAAAAAAUCUAUUCGAGGGUUCUCUUCAGAGACUCUCAUCAGAGCUUAAGCUCUUCUCGCAGUCUCACCGCGGGCGAGAGAAGAGAGAUUGCCAAGUUCUCUCUCUCUCUUUCGAUUUUCAGAGCGGAAUUCUCAUCGCUCCGAAAUCGAUCUCAGUCUUAAACAUCCGUAAGUAGAAACUUUGAUGUAUCUGGGUGCGGUUGGAUGUUUGUAUAUUUUGCAAUAGCUCGAGGCGUGGUUCAGUCUUCAAUAGGUUCUUUAUGAGAUACUACUUUGUUGAAUUUAGCAUGUGGAGGUGAGCCUGUAGUCGCUCAAACGGUGUUGUCGAAAUGUGGAAUUUUGCAUCCAGUUGCAUAGCUGGAAGCGUCGGAUUGAAAAAGGAUCCUCAGAAGCCGGCACAAACCGCUUCUGAAUGUUCGGAUGACGAGGUUUCUUCUGUGGUUGGCAGAGAAGAAGGAUUAGAAUGCCCCAUAUGCUGUGAAUCCUUCAACCUUGUCGAGAACGUGCCCUAUGUUUUAUGGUGUGGCCAUACCCUUUGUAAAAAUUGCAUUCUGGGAUUGCAAUGGGCAGUUGUGAAGUUCCCCACUCUACCAAUCCAGCUCCCACUCUUUAUCUCCUGCCCAUGGUGCAAUCUUUUAUCCUUCCGUCUGGUUUACAGGGGAAACCUUAAAUUCCCCCACAAGAACUACUUUCUUCUCUGGAUGGUUGAGAGCAUGAAUGGCGAUCGAGUUAAGACCCAUUCUUCCCAAUCUGAAGAUCAUCAUCCUUCCUGGUCUGUAAAUGGCAGUACAUCCAUGGCCUGUCAAAUAAGCAGUGGUAGUAAUCUUAGGAGGGGACACCAUGUACGCCAUUCCGAGCCAUCAAGAUCAAACGAGCGUGUCCAUCUCAGUAAUUACCUCAGUUUGGAGAGACUAAAUUCUUCCCUUAAGAAAUCACUGCUUUUCUUCGCUCAUUUGACGGCCAAGUUUCCGUUGGUUGUGAUAUUCCUUCUAAUCAUCAUAUAUGCUAUUCCAGCAAGUGCAGCGAUACUGGCUUUGUACAUACUCGUCACAGUUUUGUUUGCCCUUCCGUCGUUUCUCAUAUUGUACUUUGCAUAUCCUAGUUUGGACUGGCUCGUGAGAGAAAUCAUCACCUGAGAUGCCAUUUGCCUCUGAGUUCGCAAGCAAUGUGAAUAGAAGUUCCUCCUACAUGAUAGCUCAUCCUUAGCCCCAGUAGUAUGCAAUUCGACGACUUUCCAGGCUUCUAAGUUUCCACAAUCUUCCAUGCAAAUUCAUCUGAUGUGAAUACCACUUCUGUUGUAUGCUUCUUCCAAUCAUUUGACCUCCUGCAGAAGGUAGAUGCUGCGUGUCAGGUUCAUGAAUUCUGCAAAGUUGGCAAAAAAAAAAAAAAAAGGUUUCUGCGGAUAUUCAGAUGAUUUGAUGUGAAUUCACUAGGUAGUCAAUAUAUGGGUUGUCAUAUUAUAAGCUCACCUUCUUGUUUCUAUUAAUUAAGAGGUGGAUACUUCUGUGGAUAAGACAUAUAUUAUACUAGUUCUAUGCUUGUUUUGUAACAAAAUUCCAGAUGAUUUUGCCUAAAGGUAAUGGAAAAUAACUUGGAUAAUAGUAUACGUAGAGGACGAUCUUCUCAGCGUAUCUGUCAGUCUUGUUAUCUAUAUUGAAAUGAUGACUGAUUAUAAAGAGCAGUUUGUAAUGAUGACUUUAAUCAUGUAGUUUAUGUGGUGUUUUAAUUUCCAUUGAUUAGGCAAAGCAGUUGGUGCUUAAUGUGUAUGAGACACCUAGAAGGUGUAAUUUCGUGAACUAUGGAUAAUCCAUUGAUGGCGGACGGAGCUUUCACAGGUCUCCGAACG